AUGGACUAUCAGAAAAUGUACAACCAAGCCAACUUUACUUCGUUUACCGGACCUGGUCAAGAUGGUAGCUCGCACUUUAACGCGCCGGGUAGUUACACGGGGAUUAGUCACGUGCAACACCCUCAAACUUUGUUCCAUUUCCCUGCAGCGUUGAAACCAGACCACGGAGCGAAUUCUAUAGGGGAGACCUGGAAUAAUAGCGCGGUUAUGACGUGGAAUCACCACUUGCCUCAUAUUGACCCCAGUGAUGCAACAGAACGUUUGGCUUCUAAUAUAGGAGAUUCCAUAAAGAUUGUGAAAGAAGAAAAGAUUGAAUACAGCAGCAAGGAUGAUCCCGGAACCCCAGAGAACAAACAGUCGGCACCUUAUUUUAUGACUGGACCUUCCUACGCGCACUCCUGGAAUCCGUCUUUUUGGUCGGCAAUUCCAAACAUUGCCUCAUCCAGCAGCAACCCAAUGCCCGGACAGUUUAUAGCAAUUAAUAGGGCUCUUCCUGCCUCUCACCACUACCCCAGUUCCGUCAACCAAAGCCCAGAAACCCCAGCAGAAGAUGGGAUCUCUGGUGUGGAGAGCAGCCGAUGUAGUAGCACAAAUAACGCCAUUAAUGAGAACUGUUGCAGUACUACGGAUAUUCCAGAUUUAUUAGGCAACCAAGAGGACCUUUUAAGUGAACGGGGAGAGUUAAUCAGCAAAGAACAAGUUAUUGCCCAAACACGGAAGAGAAAAAGGAGGACUAACAUUGAAGCAUCUGCAAGGCUUAGUCUUGAAAAGUUUUUCAUGACUUGUCAGAAGCCUGGUGGUCAAGAAAUGACUCAUCUUUCAAGAGAACUCCACAUGGAUAAAGAUGUUAUCCGGGUUUGGUUUUGCAACCGCCGUCAGAAAGGAAAACGACAGGGGAUUGUCUCAAUAGAAGAGAGUGAUGGGGAAUCUUAUGAUGGCGUGCAGACCUUGUCACCAUCUACUGCAGGGGCUUUUUCUUUGCAACAAAUGUUGACCUCACAAGGUUAUACAGCAGCCGCAACCUCUAUGACUGCUAUCUCUUCUAUGUGUACAACGCCAUAUCAAAAAAACUAG